AUGAUAGAUAUAAAAUUAAUCAUUUUCCAUUUAGAGUUAUCUAGAUGUAUAUCAUUAAAUUAAUAAAUAUUUACCAGAAUUAAGAUGGCUAUGCGUGAAUAACCUUGUCCAUACAGAAUCAUAGAUGAUUUUGGAGGUGCCUUCUCAAUGGGAUGUUUCGCUGGAUGCAUUUUUUACUUCUUAAAAGGAAUGUCAUUUGCUCCAAAAAAAGAAAGAUUUUUUGGAGGAAUUCAAUUAUUAAAAAGAAGAGCUCCUAUUCUAGGAGGAUCAUUUGCUUUAUGGGGUGGGUUAUUUAGCAUCACUGAUUGUACUCUUAUGCAUUUGAGAAAUCAAUAAGAUUUUAUAAAUCCAAUUGUUGCAGGAGCAUUCACUGGAGGUUUCUUAGCUAUUAGAGCUGGAACAAGAAUCGCUGUGAGAAAUGCAAUAUUUGGUGGCAUCAUUUUAGGAUUUAUAUAAUUGGCAGAAGUAGGAAUGUUAAAGAUGCAAAUGAGAGAAGAAAUGAAAAGGAUGUAAUAAUAGUAAUAGCAAUAAAUGGCGGAAAUGUAAGAAAUGAUGGAAAUGCAAACUAAUAAAGCUAACAAAAAGUAAUAACCUAAGGUUGAAAAGUAUUGAAAAUGUGCAUAUUUAUUUAUUUUCAUUGUCACCUAAUAACUAAUAAAUAA